GAGGCGCUGCUGACGUGCCGCAGAGUUAACGGCGAUUUCUCAGUGAACUGGAUGUUUUCAAGUCAUGUAACCAGAGAAAGACCAUCCGACUCUUCAGCUCCCGACGGAGACACGGAACAGAGCAAAGAUGGCAAACGAAAACGUGAGCGUCGUCUUCAAGCUCUACUGCCUGACUGUGAUGACUCUGGUGGCAGCUGCCUACACCGUGGCGUUACGCUACACCAGAACCAUUUCAUCUGGAGAUUUGUACUUUUCCACAACUGCAGUUUGCAUCACAGAGGUCUUUAAACUCAUACUAAGUUUGGGGAUGCUGACAAAGGAAACAGGAAGUUUGGUCAAACUCAAGAGCACCAUAGAAGAACACAUUAUUUUCAGUCCGAAGGAGCUGCUGAAGCUCAGCGUUCCCUCCGUCGUCUACGCAAUUCAGAACAACAUGGCGUUUGUGGCGCUGAGUAACCUCGACGCAGCCGUUUAUCAGGUGACGUACCAGCUGAAGAUCCCGUGCACGGCGCUGUGCACGGUCCUUAUGCUGAACCGCUCCCUCAGCCGCCUGCAGUGGUUCUCUGUCUUCAUGCUUUGCGGAGGCGUCACGCUCGUCCAGUGGCGGCCGGCCGAAGCCACCAAAGUUCAGAUCGAGCAGAAUCCCUUCAUGGGGUUUGUUGCCAUUGCAGUUGCUGUCCUUUGUUCUGGAUUUGCAGGCGUCUACUUCGAGAAGGUGCUGAAGAGCUCGGACACAUCUCUGUGGGUGAGAAACAUCCAGAUGUACCUGUCCGGCAUCGUGGUCACCCUGAUUGGUGUUUACGUGACUGACGGAGACAAAGUCCUGGAGAAAGGCUUCUUCUUCGGUUACACUCCCUGGGUGUGCUUCGUCGUUUUUCUGUCCAGCGUCGGCGGCCUCUACACCUCUGUGGUGGUGAAAUACACGGACAACAUCAUGAAGGGCUUCUCUGCCGCUGCAGCCAUCGUUCUCUCGACCAUCGCGUCUGUUCUGCUGUUCGGGCUGCAGAUAACUUUUGCAUUUGCAAGCGGAGCGAUCCUCGUGUGCAUUUCCAUUUACCUGUACGGCCUCCCGAAGCAGGACACGUCCAGAGUGAGCCGGCUGGACGCGAGUGCAGAGUCCAAGCAGAAACUGAUCUCCGUGUGACCUCGUGCUCCUGGAGGAGGA